GUCAGGUGGACAGUCACAUGGUUUGGUCAGCUGAUGUUAAGGCUAAUGCUAUACCUUAGCAAGUAGUCGGUUGGUUCUAACAGUCAAUAUGCCUUUUUCUGAGCUUUAUUUUAACGUCGAUAACGGCUACCUCGAGGGCCUGGUCAGGGGAUUUAAAGCUGGAAUACUCUCUCAAGCUGAUUAUUUAAACCUUGUCCAAUGUGAGACCCUCGAAGAUCUGAAACUUCACCUGCAGAGCACAGACUAUGGCAGCUUCCUGGCAAAUGAGGCUUCACCUCUCACCGUGUCUGUCAUUGAUGACAAGCUGAAGGAGAAGAUGGUUGUGGAGUUUCGCCACAUGAGGAACCAAUCAUAUGAACCACUUGCCAGCUUCAUGGAUUUCAUCACGUACAGUUAUAUGAUUGAUAACGUCAUCCUGCUCAUCACGGGAACGCUUCAUCAGCGGGCAAUCUCUGAGCUGGUGCCAAAGUGUCACCCGCUUGGCAGCUUCGAGCAGAUGGAGGCGGUCAACAUCGCUCAAACGCCAGCUGAGCUAUACAAUGCCAUUCUAGUGGACACACCCCUUGCUGCAUUUUUCCAGGACUGUAUAUCUGAGCAGGAUUUGGACGAAAUGAACAUUGAAAUCAUCCGGAACACACUCUACAAGGCUUAUCUCGAAGCAUUCUAUAAAUUCUGUUCCAACCUGGGAGGAACCACAGCUGAUACCAUGUGUCCCAUCUUGGAGUUUGAGGCUGAUCGAAGAGCCUUUAUCAUUACCAUCAACUCAUUUGGCACCGAGCUUUCCAAAGAGGACCGUGCCAAGCUCUUUCCCCACUGUGGCAAGCUAUACCCAGAAGGCCUUGCUCAACUGGCCCGGGCUGAUGACUAUGAGCAGGUCAAGGUUGUGGCUGAUUACUAUCCUGAGUACAAGGUCCUCUUUGAGGGUGCUGGCAGCAACCCUGGCGACAAAACACUGGAGGAUCGCUUCUUUGAGCAUGAGGUGAAGUUAAACAAACUGGCUUUCCUCAACCAAUUCCAUUUCAGUGUUUUCUAUGCUUACGUCAAGCUGAAGGAGCAGGAGUGCAGGAACAUUGUCUGGAUUGCUGAGUGCAUUGCCCAGCGACACCGUGCUAAGAUUGACAACUACAUUCCUAUCUUUUAAAAGUCAUACUUUCCUUUACAUCCAGCCCCACGUCAUUGAGGUCAGUCUGUCAUCUCCCAUUCUGGCGUUAAAGCAUCUGAUGUCACAGAUAUGAAGCCUCUAUUUUUAGGUAUUAUGUGAGUUGGUCCUCUAGAGACCAUGUUGUGAGCCUUUACAAGUCUUAAUUUUUUGGUUAUUGGCUUUGUUCAUUGAUUAGCAGUUCUUAGUAAAAGACCAAUAAUGGAAACAUUACAUGUAAAGCCAAUAAUAAAGUUGACUGUUGAAGUUAGUGUUUUAAAGACUUGAAAUGGUUGUAAGUUAGCCCUCCUUAUUUUAAUACCAUAUUCAUUUGUAAUGUUUUCAGAUGGACUCCUGUGUUGCCCUAGAUAAAAUCAUCAGGAAUUCAAAUUUGAAAAGUGCAGAGAGAGUCAAGAUGUCCUUCACUUUAAAAUAAAAGCUAAUUCUCUUCUGACAUACUUUUCAUCUACAGGCUCACUAACAAUUGGAGGUACCAUGUUGCAUAUGUUUUGAUUAAUCAGAUCAGUAAAAUGAAAUACACGAGUACCCUAACCAUCUGUCUGAAGAAGCCAAUCUACCAUAACAAAUCAUCUACAUUUGCAUUAUGGGCAAGGAAUGCUUUUUUCCCCUCCAUCCUUAACAGAAACUACAGAGUAAAAUAUGUGUUGUGAGUCUUGUUGGCUAACUUGAGUAUUGCUUGAUAUAAAUUCCAUUCUAUAUGAAAUCUGUUGUCCAGAAUGAUGCAUGUUAUUGUAGGUGUAUGAAAAAUAUAACUAUUAAAAGGGUUGUUUUCUUUUUUUGAACAUCCAUUUGAUCAGAUUUUCCAUGCUCUACAAAUUGGUUGAUAUACGUUUUGUUUCCUGUGAAUUGUGUUGUAAAUGUUACUUACAAAAUAAAUAAUUAAGAAUGGA